AUGCAGUUUCUCAUUCAUGCAAAUUUUGUGCUUGCGGCCAACCGCGAAGCAGUACCUGACACAGAUUGGAACCAAGCACUGCGGGAAGGUAUUGUUUUAGCAUUUGUCGGCUUGGUUAUAGAGCUUGUCCAGCCAGGCGAUCCAUUGGAGUUCAAGUGGAUGCGCUAUCUCCCUGGGAAAACCAUGGAAGGCUUUUGGGAAGAUCUAUAUGACGAUACCACCUACAAGCUGCUGGGCAAAGCCAUUCUACGAUCACGACAAGGCCGCCUUCACGAUCUCAAUCAUAUGAAGUUUCUUCCUCCCUGGUUCAUCUACGAACUUCGGCCACUAUUGCCGGACACGGAUGAUGACAUCUAUCUAUCAGACAGAUAUGAGCCAUUUGACAUAAAGGUCUUGAAGGAACUUGGCUUGAAGAAAAUCAGUUCUACACAAAUCUUAUAG